AUGGGAGAACCACUGAAGUUCAGGAGUGACCGGUCUAUGGGAGAACCACUGAAGUUCAGGAGUGACCGGUCUAUGGGAGAACAAGAGAACUUCAGGACAGAAGCGGCUGCAGAUGUCUCCACUGGUCCGCACCAUGGCUCUCACCUGGUCUCCAUAUUUAAGCACAGGGACACUACAGGCAGCGAUCCUCUGUACCUGUGUGCUGUAGCACAGGGACACUACAGGCAGCGAUCCUCUGUACCUGUGUGCUGUAGCACAGGGACACUACAGGCAGCAAUCCUCUGUACCUGUGUGCUGCAGCACAGGGACACUACAGGCAGCGAUCCUCUGUACCUGUGUGCUGUAGCACAGGGACACUACAGGCAGAUCCUCUGUACCUGUGUGCUGCAGCACAGGGACACUACAGGCAGAUCCUCUCACAGGGACACUACAGGCAGCGAUCCUCUGUACCUGUGUGCUGCAGCACAGGGACACUACAGGCAGAUCCUCUGUACCUGUGUGCUGCAGCACAGGGACACUACAGGCAGUGAUCCUCUCACAGGGACACUACAGGCAGCGAUCCUCUGUACCUGUGUGCUGCAGCACAGGGACACUACAGGCAGAUCCUCUGUACCUGUGUGCUGCAGCACAGGGACACUACAGGCAGACCCUCUGUACCUGUGUGCUGCAGCACAGGGACAGUACAGGCAGAUCCUCUGUACCUGUGUGCUGCAGCACAGGGACAGUAAAGGCAGCGAUCCUCUGUACCUGUGUGCUGUAGCACAGGGACACUACAGGCAGAUCCUCUCACAGGGACACUACAGGCAGCGAUCCUCUGUACCUGUGUGCUGUAGCACAGGGACACUACAGGCAGAUCCUCUGAACCUGUGUGCUGCAGCACAGGGACACUACAGGCAGAUCCUCUGUACCUGUGUGCUGCAGCACAGAGACACUACAGGCAGUGGUCCUCUGUACCUGUGUGCUGUAGCACAGGGACACUACAGGCAGCGAUCCUCUGUACCUGUGUGCUGCAGCACAGGGACACUACAGGCAGAUCCUCUCACAGGGACACUACAGGCAGAUCCUCUGUACCUGUGUGGUGUAGCACAGGGACACUACAGGCAGCGAUCCUCUGUACCUGUGUGCUGUAGCACAGGGACACUACAGGCAGCGAUCCUCUGUACCUGUGUGCUGCAGCACAGGGACACUACAGGCAGAUCCUCUGUACCUGUGUGCUGCAGCACAGGGACACUACAGGCAGAUCCUCUGUACCUGUGUGCUGCAGCACAGGGACACUACAGGCAGAUCCUCUGUACCUGUGUGCUGCAGCACAGGGACACUAAAGGCAGCGAUCCUCUGUACCUCACAGGGACACUACAGGCAGCGAUCCUCUGUACCUGUGUGCUGCAGCACAGGGACACUACAGGCAGCGAUCCUCUGUACCUGUGUGCUGCAGCACAGGGACACUACAGGCAGAUCCUCUGUACCUGUGUGCUGCAGCACAGGGACACUACAGGCAGUGAUCCUCUCACAGGGACACUACAGGCAGCGAUCCUCUGUACCUGUGUGCUGCAGCACAGGGACACUACAGGCAGAUCCUCUGUACCUGUGUGCUGCAGCACAGGGACACUACAGGCAGAUCCUCUGUACCUGUGUGCUGCAGCACAGGGACAGUACAGGCAGAUCCUCUGUACCUGUGUGCUGCAGCACAGGGACAGUAAAGGCAGCGAUCCUCUGUACCUGUGUGCUGUAGCACAGGGACACUACAGGCAGAUCCUCUCACAGGGACACUACAGGCAGAUCCUCUGUACCUGUGUGCUGCAGCACAGAGACACUACAGGCAGUGGUCCUCUGUACCUGUGUGCUGUAGCACAGGGACACUACAGGCAGCGAUCCUCUGUACCUGUGUGCUGCAGCACAGGGACACUACAGGCAGCGAUCCUCUGUACCUGUGAGCUGCAGCACAGGGACACUACAGGCAGAUCCUCUGUACCUGUGUGCUGCAGCACAGGUACACUACAGGCAGAUCCUCUGUACCUGUGUGCUGCAGCACAGGGACAGUACAGGCAGAUCCUCUGUACCUGUGUGCUGCAGCACAGGGACAGUAAAGGCAGCGAUCCUCUGUACCUGUGUGCUGUAGCACAGGGACACUACAGGCAGAUCCUCUCACAGGGACACUACAGGCAGCGAUCCUCUGUACCUGUGUGCUGUAGCACAGGGACACUACAGGCAGAUCCUCUGAACCUGUGUGCUGCAGCACAGGGACACUACAGGCAGAUCCUCUGUACCUGUGUGCUGCAGCACAGAGACACUACAGGCAGUGGUCCUCUGUACCUGUGUGCUGUAGCACAGGGACACUACAGGCAGCGAUCCUCUGUACCUGUGUGCUGCAGCACAGGGACACUACAGGCAGAUCCUCUCACAGGGACACUACAGGCAGAUCCUCUGUACCUGUGUGGUGUAGCACAGGGACACUACAGGCAGCGAUCCUCUGUACCUGUGUGCUGUAGCACAGGGACACUACAGGCAGCGAUCCUCUGUACCUGUGUGCUGCAGCACAGGGACACUACAGGCAGAUCCUCUGUACCUGUGUGCUGCAGCACAGGGACACUACAGGCAGAUCCUCUGUACCUGUGUGCUGCAGCACAGGGACACUACAGGCAGAUCCUCUGUACCUGUGUGCUGCAGCACAGGGACACUAAAGGCAGCGAUCCUCUGUACCUCACAGGGACACUACAGGCAGUGAUCCUCUGUGCCUGUGUGCUGCAGCACAGGGACACUACAGGCAGUGAUCCUCUGUACCUGUGUGCUGUAGCACAGGGACACUACAGGCAGAUCCUCUGUACCUGUGUGCUGCAGCACAGGGACACUACAGGCAGAUCCUCUGUACCUGUGUGCUGUAGCACAGGGACACUACAGGCAGAUCCUCUGUACCUGUGUGCUGUAGCACAGGGACACUACAGGCAGUGA